UCCUCUGGGCUGGAGCGUGUGAUGCUUAGUGCUAGCCAUGUGUCUCCGCUCCCCCUCCCAUCUAUUUCAUUCCCCAGACUCCAAAUGAGGGAGGUAGUAAAAUAAGAAGUGACAUACACAAUACAGAAACCGAGGGGGAGGAGGGGAGGGGUGUACGGCCCUUUCUGUGGCGCUGACCUCCGGUGUACCGAGCCGCCAUGGCGCUCAUCCCCUGCCAGGUGUUGCGGGCUGCCAUCCUGCUCUCCUACCUGUCCGUGCUAUGCCACUACAAGGCCAUAGAGAUGCCUGCACACCAGACCUAUGGGGGCAGCUGGAAAUUUCUCACCUUCAUUGACCUGGUGAUCCAAGCUGUCUUCUUUGGGAUUUGUGUUCUCUCAGAUUUAUCCUGUAUCCUAACCAAGGGCAGUGACAGCCUGGAACAAGAACGACAACUGAAAAAACUCACCUCUCUCCGAGAUUGGAUGUUGGCUGUACUAGCCUUCCCUGUUGGUGUUUUUGUGGUGACAAUGUUCUGGACCCUAUAUAUAUAUGACAGGGAACUGGUAUAUCCAAAGCUGCUGGAUAAUUUCAUACCACCCUGGUUAAAUCAUGGAAUGCAUACGACAGUGCUGCCUUUCAUAUUAAUUGAGAUGAGAACAGCUCAUCACCAGUAUCCGAGCAGAAGUUGUGGCCUUGCAACAGUCAGCUUCUUCUCUAUUUGCUAUAUUUUAUGGGUGUGCUGGGUUCAUCAUGUGACAGGCAUAUGGGUGUACCCGCUUCUGGAACACAUCACUUCUGUAGCCAAAAUAUUCUUCUUCUUUAUAGUCACUGUUAUCAUUAACAUGUAUUAUAUUCUUGGAGAAAAGUUAAACAGCUAUAUUUGGGACUUGGAGAAAUCCAUUGAAGCAGGAGAGAAACAGAAGACUGACUAACCUUCAAAUUAAGGCAAUAAAAUAUCUUCUGAAAUACCUAUUGAUACAAGACAGAAGUAUUUCAACCCAUUCUAUAAUUCUACACCAUCAAAAGGAUGUAGGAACUUGACCUUGUGGACUAUAAAACAAACAAAGCUACUAACAGAUUUCAAGAUCUGAUACAGUGAAAAAAGAAGAUGCCAAACUAUGAACUAACUUACUUA